UCUCGUCUCUUUCUUUCUUUCACGGAACUUUACAAAGGAAUGAGUGCUCUGAUAGUAAAUUCUAGAAUAUGAAUGAUUCUGAAUUGAAUUAAUCAUAAUUCGACUAUCACUUGUAAAAUUGUAAUACAUUACAAUUCGUGUAAUUGAUUGUUCCGUGCAAAAAGUGACUUUUUUAAUCAGAAAAGUGUGUUGAUUUAAUUAAUCGUGACUGAUUUUCUGCAGCAUUUUUAUACGCAUUCUCAGUGUUCAAAGGUUGGUGAUUUUGAAAUAAAAUAUGGUGAAGGAGACUACUUAUUAUGAUAUACUUGGAGUGAAACCCAAUUGUACCACUGAUGAAUUGAAGAAAGCUUAUAGAAAGUUGGCUCUUAAAUUCCAUCCAGAUAAGAAUCCCAAUGAAGGAGAAAAAUUUAAACAAAUCUCACAAGCGUACGAAGUGCUGUCGAAUGCGGAUAAAAGGCAAAUUUACGAUCAAGGAGGCGAACAAGCUCUGAAAGAAGGUGGUCUAGGUGGCAAUGGAUGUUCACCUAUGGAUAUAUUCGAUAUGUUCUUCUCCGGAGGACCAUUCGGAGGAGGUGGUAGAAGAAGACGUGAACAUCGAGGCAAAGACGUAGUCCAUCAAUUAGCGGUUUCUUUAGAAGACUUGUACAAAGGUGCUUCGAGAAAAUUAGCUUUAGAAAAGAACGUCAUUUGCGACAAGUGCGAAGGCCGAGGUGGUAAGAAAGGCGCCGUCGAGACAUGUUCCACUUGUCGUGGUACUGGUUAUCAAGUCACUGUCCAACAAUUAGGUCCUGGUAUGAUUCAACAAAUUCAAAGCGCGUGUUCAGAAUGUCGUGGAGAAGGCCAACGUAUUAAUCCCAAAGAUCGAUGUAAAACGUGUAAUGGCAGAAAGACUAUUCGAGACCGAAAAAUUCUCGAAGUACAUAUUGACAAAGGUAUGCACGAUGGCCAAAAAAUCGUCUUCAACGGAGAAGGUGAUCAAGAUCCAGGUCUCGAACCUGGUGACAUUGUCGUCCUCCUCGAAGAAAAAGAACAUCCUGUAUUCAAACGUAGCCGUAAUGAUCUAAUACUUCGUAUGACCAUUGAUCUAGUUGAAGCAUUGUGUGGUUUCCAGAAAGUAAUACGUACAUUAGAUGAUAGAGAUUUGGUAGUUACUGUGAUACCAGGUGAAGUUAUUAAACCUGGAGAUGUAAAAUGCAUAGUAGGCGAAGGUAUGCCGCAUUAUAAGAAUCCAUUCGAAAAAGGCCGUUUAAUCAUUCAAUUCUUAGUAGAAUUCCCUCAAUCACUUCCUCCCGAAAAAAUUCCAAUGUUGGAAAGUUGCUUACCAGCUAGAUCAGAAACAGUAAUUCCAGAAAACGCUGAAGAAUGCGUGUUAUUAGACAUGGAUCCAGCAUCGGAUAGGAAAUGCGAUCAUAAUUCAAGUGGUAACGCUUACGAUGAGGAUGAACCUAGCAUGGGAGGUAGUCGAGUGCAGUGCGCAUCACAUUAAACAACAAGAGAUACAACAGCUGCGCUCCGUUUAAUACGUUAGCGACGAUAAUAACGACGCACUUUUUAUUUUAUUAUUUUUUUUCUCUGUUUUAUAUAAAUAUAUACAAUGUGAAUGAUUCCAUCUUCGUCAAACAUUCAUGAUGCGUAGUAAAGCUUUAAUUUUUUCGAAGUUCGGAAGGCGAAUGCUUUUUAACAGCGCAGCGAGUUAUUUUCGAAGCUGCCGGAACCUGAAAAAAAAUGUAGCGUUUUAUUCUCCUGUAUCUGCCCCUACGUACCUUCAUGUCCCCCUUCUCGUCAUUCUCUUUCACUUUGUUUCGUUCCAUAGGUGUUUUUCUGUAUUACGUUUGUAAAAUGAAAAUUUACGUGUUAAUACUAAGUUUUAGUGUGGUUUAUUGUACGAUUAUGCGAAAUGUGUAUUAACAUCGUUCUCUAUUAAAGUUAAUUAUCUGA